CAAACUGUACUCAAAACCACUCCAACACUGCCCUCUUGCUUCCUCUCUUCUAUUGCUUCCUCUCCUUCUCUUCUCAAAGAAACCAUGCUUCUUUUUUACCUCUUCCUCCUACUCACCUCCUGCUCCCUCUCAGCACAAGAAACCCAGCACAAGAAUGACUCCCUUUCCUUUUCUUUCCCACUCACUUCCCUCCCUCGCUCCCCACAAGCCUCUCCAAAUUUCUACCCUUCCUUCAUCUCACAAACCAAGAAAGCCUCAACACUCAAAAGUUCUUCCUUUUCCUCAUCGCCAUAUAACUACAGGUCAGGAUUCAAGUACUCGAUGAUAUUGCUAGUCUCUCUCCCUAUAGGGACACCACCUCAAACUCAGCAAAUGAUUUUGGACACGGGCAGCCAGUUGUCAUGGAUUCAGUGUCACAAAAAGGUUCCUAGGAAACCCCCACCUAGCUCUGUGUUUGAUCCUUCUUUAUCCUCUUCAUUCUCUGUUUUGCCAUGUAAUCAUCCUCUUUGCAAGCCCAGAAUUCCUGAUUUUACCCUACCAACGUCAUGCGACCAGAACCGUUUGUGUCAUUAUUCUUACUUCUACGCCGAUGGAACAUUAGCUGAAGGUAAUCUUGUAAGGGAAAAGAUUACAUUUUCUAGGUCCCAAAGUACCCCUCCUUUGAUCUUAGGCUGCGCCGAGGAAUCAAGUGAUGCCAAGGGCAUUCUGGGAAUGAACCUUGGGAGGCUGUCCUUUGCUUCCCAGGCUAAAUUAACCAAGUUCUCAUACUGUGUACCCACCCGGCAAGUUCGACCGGGUUUUACCCCAACAGGGUCGUUUUACUUGGGUGAGAACCCGAAUUCAGGUGGGUUUCGGUAUAUUAAUCUUUUGACUUUUUCUCAAAGUCAACGGAUGCCCAAUUUGGACCCCUUGGCCUACACUGUUGCCAUGCAAGGGAUUAGGAUUGGCAACCAAAAAUUGAACAUUCCGAUUUCGGCCUUUCGGCCCGAUCCUAGUGGUGCGGGUCAAACCAUGAUUGACUCCGGGUCCGAAUUCACUUACUUGGUGGAUGAGGCUUACAAUAAGGUGAGGGAGGAGGUGGUAAGACUGGUGGGGGCAAGGUUAAAGAAGGGAUACGUGUAUGGUGGUGUAUCUGACAUGUGUUUCAAUGGCAAUGCAAUAGAGAUCGGGCGGUUGAUAGGCAAUAUGGUGUUUGAAUUUGACAAGGGUGUGGAGAUAGUUGUAGAGAAAGAGAGGGUUUUAGCUGAUGUGGGUGGAGGGGUCCAUUGUGUUGGGAUCGGGCGGUCGGAAAUGUUGGGUGCUGCUAGCAAUAUAAUAGGAAAUUUUCACCAACAAAAUAUAUGGGUGGAGUUUGAUCUAGCCAAUCGUAGAGUGGGCUUCGGUAAGGCUGAUUGUAGCAGAUCUGUGUAAAACAUAAGUGGUACCGGUACUUGGAAGAUAUUAUGGGUUAUAUGGGGCCAGGAGAGUUAAUCAGGUAGUAAACGUAACACUGUACAAAAGAAAAUAUCAGUACGGUCUUUUCGUGUUGAUCUAAUCCAAUGGCCCACGUCAAACUAACAUUUAGGCCAUGUAUCAAUGUUUUUGAAUGUUUGUACUAGUUUGCAUGUGGCAACGUAAAUGUUUGAAUGCUUGAGACUAUGUAAUAUGUAUAGAGGAUAUAUAUGAAAUAUUUAAUGUUUGUUUUUUUUU